AUGAAAGGCCUCCUCAGCCUUUCCUUGCUGCCGCUGCUCACGCUUGCAUCACCCGUGGUCGUUGACUCGAUCCACAAUGGAGCUGCUCCCGUCCUCUCUUCGUCCAACUCGAAGGAGGUUCCCGACUCCUACAUCAUCGUCUUUAAGAAGCAUGUAAACUCUGCUUCUGCUGCAGCACACCACAGCUGGGUGCAGGACCUGCACCUGCAGUCCGAGAUGGAGCGGAUGGAGCUCCGGAAACGCUCCCAGUUCCCUCUGAUGAACGAUGCCUUUGAAGGUCUCAAGCACACCUUCGACAUUGCAGGGUCCCUACUGGGCUACUCUGGUCAUUUUGAUGAGAACGUCAUUGAGCAAAUCCGCAGGCACCCUGAUGUCGAGUACAUCGAGAAGGAUUCGAUCGUCCACACCAUGGAGUCCCCGGCCAUCGAGAAGAAUGCUCCUUGGGGCCUGGCUCGUAUCUCCCAUCGGGACAGCCUCAGCUUUGGAACGUUCAGCAAGUACCUCUACGCUGCCGACGGUGGUGAGGGUGUCGAUGUCUAUGUCAUCGACACCGGUACCAAUGUCGACCACGUCGACUUCGAGGGCCGUGCCUCCUGGGGCAAGACCAUCCCCGUCGAUGACGAGGAUGUCGACGGCAACGGACACGGAACCCACUGCUCUGGUACCAUUGCCGGUAAGAAGCAUGGUGUUGCCAAGAAGGCCAACAUCUAUGCUGUCAAGGUUCUCAAGUCCAACGGCUCGGGCACCAUGUCUGAUGUCGUGAAGGGUGUCGAGUGGGCUGCCGACCAGCACCUCAAGAAGGUCGAGGCUGCCAAGAAGGGCAAAGUCAAGGGCUUCAAGGGAAGCGCUGCCAACAUGAGUCUGGGCGGAGGCAAGUCUGUGACGCUUGACCUCGCCGUCAAUGCUGCAGUGGAUGCUGGCAUUCACUUUGCAGUUGCCGCCGGCAAUGACAAUGCCGAUUCUUGCAACUAUUCUCCCGCUGCCGCAGAGAAAGCCAUCACGGUGGGUGCUUCGAACAUCGCUGAUGAGCGUGCCUACUUUUCCAACUAUGGCAAGUGCAAUGACAUCUUUGCACCUGGUGUCAACGUGCUGUCCACCUGGAUCGGCAGCAAGUACGCUGUCAACACCAUCUCUGGAACCUCCAUGGCAUCUCCCCACGUCGCUGGUCUGCUGGCCUACUUCCUCUCUCUUCAGCCAUCUAAUGAUUCGGCCUUUGCUGUUGCCGAGAUCACUCCGAAGAAGAUGAAGGAGAACCUGAUUGCCAUUGCAACCGAGGGAGCUCUGGCUGAUGUUCCAUCCGGCACUUCCAACCUUCUCGCGUGGAACGGCGGUGGCUCUUCCAACUACACCGACAUUGUCGCCAAGGGCGGCUACAAGGCGACGUCCGUCCGGAAUGAGGUCGAGAAGCUCAUCCACGAGGCCCAGGAGGUUGUCAGUGAGGAACUUGGUGCCAUCUACAGCGAGAUCAUGGAUGCCGUUGUUGCGUAA